GAGUCAAAGGAAGAAAAUGCACAAAACACAUAGCAGCUUUGUCAUACAAAUAAAAGCAGCCACAAAAGAACAACAAAAAAACCCUAGUAGUAAAUUCAAGUUAAACUUUUCAACAAUGAAAAUCUUUCACCGUUUACGUAAGGUUCUUAUGCGUUUUGUAUUCUCUUCUUCUCAUCAUAGGUCAUCAUCAAGAGAUUCAUCAUCAAGGCACAGAAAUUCUGAAAGGUUUGAACCACCAAAGACUUCAUGCAGUUCAUAUUAUUCAUCUUAUUCUCAUUACAAUGAAGCCAUUUCCGAUUGCAUUGAAUUUUUCAACAAAGAGGGUGUUUUGGAUGGUCGAAAAUCAUCAGAUGUUAAUAAUGUGUAACACUCUUUCUCAACCAUAUGCUUCAUUAUGCAUCUAUGGAUACCAUAUACUUUGAAUGUAAAUUCAUUAUUAAGCCAUGGAUUAUCUUUGUCAUUAAAUUUUUAUUUUAUUUGUUUUGAUUAU